AUGUGGCCAGUCCUUCCCAGUGGCCAACUUAAUGAGGAGUUCGAGUGGCCAAUAGAAGGACUGCUUAUUCCAAACAGCCCCUCCCUGAAGAAACCCGUGUGUAGGUCACCUGGGCAGAGCAUCCCCAUGAGACUCCGAGUUCUGCGGAAUGGAGACAAGAAUAAAAACAGAGCCCUUGUUGUAACCAGUCCAGACAUCUCCCCUAGACAAAGACAAAAACUGCAAAAUGUUGGCACUGAAAUGAAAGAGAAUGUGAAAAACAAUGUCUCUAAAUAUUCUGAAACAGAAACAAAGCAGAAUGAAUUGCAUCAGCUUUUGGAAAGGUGUACUGAAAUUUUAAAUUUACCUUCUGCAGCUCGGAGAUUGUUCAACGAACAGGGGAAGGAAAUCUUCACCGUAAAAGGCCUUCAAAGAGAUGAACUGGUCUAUGCUUCAUGUGGAGAACAUUGGAUCAACCCUGACCUGUCCAUUGCUCAUCAAAAGAAGCAAAUCUUGCUGAGGAACUUAGCAUCGGAUAUUUCUAAAAUCCAAACUUUCUGCAGUACACGUAAGAUAGAGGCUCUUGUUUUAGAAGUCCAGUGUGACAUUGUGUCUGGAGCCAAGCUUGCUGUGUGUGAACCUGUAGCAAGUUUCGGAGAAGAGAAGCAAAUUAUAGAACCAGAGGAAGAGCAAGUGCAAAAAAAUGCUUUAAAAACGGAAAGUGCUUCCAGUAAAAGUCUAGAUUCACAUGCCAGGGCCCAUCUCCGAAUAGAGGCUUGUCACACCCCUCUCAAGUAUGCCUGGCAGGAACCUUCUCACUUUAAGGAGGGGGACAGUUUUCCAAAGAAAAUACAGGAAGAGCUCCUUGGAAAUGUGGAACCACAGGCGAAAUACAGCCAUUCUCCAAAGAGGAGUAAAUUGCAGAAGCUUUGUCACCAGCAGUUUGAAUACAGAGAUGGGCAAAUUAUAAGCCAUGCCGUUCCUCAGCUGGUCUUGGGGGUGCAAGGUCCUGACCUGCAUUCAGGCGUGGACGUGGUUUUGGUGGAGAAAAAAGCCAGUGACAGUCAUCAACGCUGGAUGUACAAGGAAGGCAGCAGGACCUUUCACCUGGUGAGGAACCCAGACCUUGUGCUGGCUGUGUGUAUGACCAAGACGGGAGGCGAAGGCUGUGGCUAUCCAGUCAUUGUUCAGAAAUAUAAGCCCUAUGACAAUGGAACUUCCAAUCAAAAGUGGAAUUACAUUGAAAAUAUGAAAGCUUUUAUGGCUUUUCAUAGCACUGCACUGGAUAAGGAAAUCACAGCAGCAAAUUAUGCUGGAAUUUGUACAUCCUCUGUGGUUAAAGAAGAAAACAUUGAUCAACCAGGAUACUAUUAUGUCUCCCCUGCUGGAAAGAAAAGAAUGAUGCUGUGCUUGGCCUGCGGGAGGUCCAUGAUCGCAGAGAAGGGACUGAACCCGCUGCUUCCCGGCCUGCCCUUCCUCUGUGCCUCGGGCUCCGAGCCCCGGAAGCCCUUCUCCAGAGGACCCUUCAGGACCAUCGAUGUGGCCGAGGCUGAUUUAUCUUCUUAUGAGGCUGAGAGAACUCUACGUUAUUAUGAAGAGCAUCUAUUAUCUUUACGGAUGAAGACCCGCACACACGUGGUGUCUCCUAGAGGUACGGCAGCCCCGCACCAGAAGGCAGUGAGAAUAAUUGCACACAAAAAUGGAGAUGGAUAUCGAAAUGGGAAGUUAAUUGUGGCUGAAACAUUCCCCAUGCUUCUUACAGAAUGCACAAAGCAACUUGGUCUCGCCCGAGCAGCCUCCAAGGUAUAUACCGAAGAUGGAACCGCAAUCUUUUCCUUGCGUGAUCUGGUUGUUUGGGCUCUAGAUGAAAUUUGUAUCCACAGAGACUCCGGGGAACAAAAGAAAGAGGCAGCCCCUCUUGGAACUGAGGAGACGACUAUUAAAACAGUGGAAGAAAACCCAACACUGAAAGUGAAAAACAAAUUAUUUCCAACGUCUGUGAUAUCCAGCAGUUUGGAUGGUAUAGAUGAAUCUCUGUUCACCCUCCUUCACAGAAAUCCGAUUGCCAUCUGGGUAUCUUGCGGUGAACCAUUUAUAUCUCCCAGUGCUUUGCAGAAAGCAAAAAAAUUAGAUAAACAGAACUGGCUAAAAAAGGACAAAAUUUUGGCUGAUUUAGACACCAUGAAACACAAAAUGAGACAGUUAAAAGGGCGGCGAGUAGCUGCAUGUCAGCCGGCCACCAUGGUUCCCAACCAAAGCCCUGUGCAGCCGGUGGUGGUGGAAGGAGGCUGGAUGGCGCAGACUCAGGAGGAAAUUACACUCACGGAACUUAUAAGACAUACAGAGGCACACCUUUCUGAAGUCCAGGAACGACAACCCAAGAGGUGUUCUCCACCUGCGGCCAAGCGUGCAGCCCUGGAGCAGAGCAGCCUGUACGAGCGGCCCAGCGCCAAACGGGUCUGGGCCUAUCCGAACGGAGGCAGACCCGAGGACGGCACCUACGCCUGGGGCAGAACCGUUCCAGAGCUGCUGGCUGACUGCACCUCCCGUCUGAAGAUGGCCCGCCCAGCCAGGGCUCUGUACACGCCAGGCGGAGAGCCCAUUGUGUCAUGGGAUGAUGUGGAGCGAGACAUGGUCAUCUGUGCGUCCACCGGACAUGGCUUUAUAACCCAGAAAGAGUUAAAACAAGUGGUGGAGAUCAGAGCGAAUUAUGCCAGGAUCCGCAGGCAGCAGGGCCCGCAAGCCACCGACCUUGUGGUGUCUCCCCUGGAGAAGCUGCAGUCUCUGGUACAUGGGCGCGAUCUCUAG